CGCUGGCGCCCAGCCAGCCGAGCAAGUCCCAGUUACCUCCCACUCGGCAGCAGCUCUUAAAAAAAACAAAACAGGAUCUUCCUCCUUCGGAUCCUUUAAAUUAUAAUUCAGAGAACCCCUCUGCAGAGCCUCCAGUGAACCCAGGGCACCAUGUCUGGGAGCAAAUACGUAGACUCAGAGCUGCUCCGCGGACGUCCGAUGAGACGGUGAAACUUUGGGACGCGCCCCUUUCCGCGCCGUCUAUAGUGCGGCGGGCUGAUCGCUGCCCCCUCCUUUUCCAGGGCUUUUUGUACACAGCGCCCAUCAGGGAGCACGGCAAUAUCUACAAGCCCAACAACAAGGCCAUGGCAGAUGAAAUGAACGAGAAGGAGUUCCACGACGUGCAUACGAAAGAAAUCGACCUGGUCAAUCGGGACCCCAAGCAUCUCAACGACGACGUGGUCAAGAUUGACUUUGAAGAUGUGAUUGCAGAACCCGAGGGAACUCACAGCUUUGAUGGGGUCUGGAAAGCCAGCUUCACCACCUUUACUGUGACAAAAUACUGGUUUUAUCGCUUACUGUCUGCACUCUUUGGCAUUCCUAUGGCUCUCAUCUGGGGCAUUUACUUUGCCAUUUUGUCAUUCCUCCACAUCUGGGCAGUGGUGCCCUGUAUCAGGAGCUAUCUGAUUGAGAUCCAGUGUAUUGGCCGAGUUUAUUCCAUCUGCAUCCACACUUUCUGUGACCCACUAUAUGAGGCUAUUGGCAAAAUGUUUGGUUCUAUCAAAGCAACGGUACUAAAGGAAGCGUAAAUGACAUUUCAAGCAGUCUGAAGAAAAGGUCUUUUCCUCUCAUGUCUUUUUGUGCUGGUUUCAUGGCUGACAUCGAUGAACAAAGUGACUAGCACACAACAACUGCAAACGAAGCAACCAAAAUUCAGCAAAGAAUCACUUGUUCAAAAUUUCUUUACUACUUAACUAUUCCUCCUGGAUUGGUAUCUUUGCAGGAGAGAAAUCAAUCACUUUUUAAAAAAGAAGCCCUACUAAAAUUGCUGUUCUCUCAUUCCUCUCUGCCAGUCAUUUUGCUGACCCUUUAACAAACUGACUCAUGUUCUGCUUACCCUUUCCAUUCAUUUGUUGCAAGAUAAAUUCACAACGAUAUAAUAAAAAGCAACCAGUAUGCUUUCUAGUUCUGUAACGUGGCUCAUCGUUUUACAGUGAGCAAAAAAAUAAAAGGAUCUAAAGCUAGUUCAGAAUAAAGGACAUGAUAAGUUGGCAGAUUUUAAACGAAUGUUCUUUUUUCAGAUGUUUUGUCAGAUGGCUGUAGCUCUUGUACUUGGACCAUAUAUGACCGCUGCACACAGAGAGAUCAAAGUAAAUAUUUCAGCUGCUUCCAAAAAAUGAUAGUAUAUUUAGAAGAAUUGCGUUUUCAAUUUGGACUUCUUUUCACGUCCACAGAAAAGCUACAGCCAUUGCUAUUGGUUGUUAUCCUUCAGGAAAGAUUAUUUGCAAGUCUUUAUCAUAUGUCUCUAAAAGGUACAUAAGGAGAUACCUUUUUUAUUUAUGCCAAGUUUGCCCAACAGUUCCUCUAAACCUGUAGCAUCCGUCUCUUACUGAUGGCCCUGGCAUGGGGGCCUCUAGUUAUCUGUUCCUGUUUCCUGAGAUUCCUGUGUGCAAAUGAAACACGCUUGUUUCAUCAUUGAACUAUGACUCCAACAGAUUUCAAUAUUCAGGAUCCAAAUCAAAGCCAGAAAUGUGUUAUGAAUAUAUUUUCUGGACUUCGACUCCACAUAGUAGAAGCAUUUUCAUCAGCCAGUUCCCUCUUUUCCUGCCCAUGUUGAAUGAGGUUGAAUCCCUAACCUGAUGGAUACCAAAGUACUCUUUCAAGUGACAUACAAACAUGUGCUCAGAGUGAAUGAGCAAAUAUUACUGCAUAUGGACUGUCUUGAUUUUUUUUCUGCAGGUGGGAGUAUCACAGUGUAUUCAACUAAUGCAGAGUCAUGCCAACUACAAACUGGGUUUGUAGGAGUGUUUUGGUUUGGUGGGGUAUUGUGUGAGGAGCCAGCUUUAAAAUCCCCCAGUCAGCCAAGGUCAGCAUAGGAUGCUGCUGGUACAUUCACGCUUUGCUUACUUUACACUAAUCCGCCACAAGAGUUGCUUUAGCAACACAACAUUGUAAUUGACUUUUUCCCCUACCACUCCUAAGCUGAGCUAUACACAUCAAUCAGGAAGUCUUCCUGGAGGUGAUUUCCAUGAGGCUUUGCAAUUGAAAAAUGCAAAAAUAAAGCAUUUGAAACAUUUCAUGCUGUGAUCUGACUGAAGAAUGUACCCUCACCAUAAUGUAACUACUCUGGUGAGAGAAUACCCUCAUUGGCUUUGCAUGGAUCUGUGUUUUUGUUUUUAAAUAGCUGUGAGGUUAAAUUGGCUGAGAUAAGCUUCCUUAUGAAGUCACACUGAGAAAUUUCAAGAGAUGAACCUUUUUUUGUUGUGGGGGCAUCCCCAAUGAGGCCUUGUUUGGAUCUUAGCACGAAACCUAUAGUUACUUCAAGGUACAACUCAAACAUUAUUAAUGAUAACAUUUUCUAUAGCUCUUUACGUAAUAGGAGUGCCUGAAUCCCUUUUUAAACUGUAUACUUAGGAUUGGAUUUCACACCACAUGCAAUCCUAUAGUAGGUAGGUUCUAGAGCUGUUCUCAGACUUCCAGCUGAAUCCCUAGAUUAGAUAAGAAAAAGGUCUUUGGAUUUAGCUUUUCUUCUGUAAUAUUUGGGCAUGUCCUUCUGUAAACAGAAGUUGCUUUCUGCAUGUAGAAAUUCACCUUUGGAUCCAGUCCAUAGUGGACCAUCAGCCAUCUCCAGCUUGUAACACAGGCAACCUGUGAUGCAAAACCCAAGCCUUCUGUUACACCAGCUUCUAUUUCCAUAUUCAGUUAGUGUUCUGCUGUCAUCACAGGAUGCAUUUAUAAAUUACCUUGAUGACUAAGGUCAAGAUGGCCUGGGCUACAGCUACGUAUGCUGAUUUUUCAGGGUAACAACAAAUUCCUAGGACACAUGACCCCACUAAUGUCUCAGCUCAAUAUUUUGAUGUUAGAUGAUCAGAGCCUGUUUUGACAGGGAAGAGCGGGUUAGAUAUCUAAUAAAUAAAUGAAAAUAAAAUAUUAUACACCACUGACUGCUUAAUCACAAAAUAAACACUGCAGAAAGUUCUGGUUGUGUAGGAUUUGCUACUUUGACAAAACCAUGUUUUCUUAACAAUUGGAUAGCAAAUAUUCUGUUCUAGAAAAAUGCAGUUCUUCCUCCAGCAUUAACUUUAUUGCAACUUGGAGUGCCAUGUGGAAUAUUAAAUUACCUGCUGCCACACUCACCUUCACACUACCAGUCAAUUCAACAGUGGGAGGAAAAAAAUAGAGAGUGGUGUUACUGAUGCCAUAGCAUCAAUUCUAGGUAAAAAUAUAUAUCACGUCACUAGAAAUGAUAUCAUGGUAUGGGCAAUGCAAUUCUCCCAGUGCUCCACUUGUAGAAAGCUUUCUGAGGUUGCCAGUGAUUGGCUGGUAAUCUCAUAGAAUAAAUUUGCUUUAGUAUCAUAGCAGCCAAGCAAUACCCUACUUCUUCAUCCAUUUUUUUAAAAGCUUUGUUUAAUUUUGGUUUGAUAGGGUUUUUUAAAAACUAAUUUAGAAGCUGAGCUUUUGGCCACUACACUAAUCAAGCAAGGGAAUGCUUCUUAGGCCUUUGUAAGAAAAAUUGUAAUUCUACUGUUUCUCUCCAGGAUGUCCUGUCAUUUCAUGACCAUGUUACCUUUUCCGUCAUUUUAUGCAUCUUUGACAGUUCUUUCAAGACUGCACGAACUACAGCAAGGCUUCUGAAAGCCUUAUGUAUGAACAAUUUGUUGCUGUUGCUGGAUCAGGGCUUGCAUUGGUAAAAUGCUAAAAAGAGCCAUGCAUGUCGCCAUCUGGAGAAUGACCCUGUAGUUGUGACUGAAUAAACUGCAGCCCAGUCCAACUUUACCCUGGUUGCCAGGGUGCUCUGUGGAAAGUACAUAAAGCUGCCUUGUACUGAGCCAGACCCUUGGUUUACCAAGCUUACCAUUGUGUGCUUUGGUUGCCAGUGAGAUCUUCUCCAGAGACAGAUAAAAGUAUUGACAAACUUUUUGAGAUUCUUCUAAAGGAGGCACAAGAAAUUGAAACUUGGGACCGUCUGCAUGUAAACCAAAUGCUCUUGUUGCAGAGUAAAAGUAUUUAUAGAUAUUUCUCAUGUAUUUAUAGACAUUUUGCCAUGACCUGGAUGGCCCAGGUUAGCCUUAUUUUGCCAGAUUUUGAAAGCUAAGCAAGGUCAUCCCUAGUUGAUACACAGAUGGGAGACCAACAUGGAAGUUCGGGGUUGCAAUGCAGAGACAGGUAAUGGCAAAACUCUUUGUCUCUAGCCUCGAAACCCCCAUGAGGGGUCAUGUUGGCACCUUGUGAUUUCAUGGCACCUUACACGCACAGACAUUUUGGUUCUCAAGGCCCAGGCUACACUUGUCAGAUGGGCAGAGAAAAGAAAGCAGAGUGUUCCCCACAAAAAUGGUUUUACUCAGGAUGCAAGUAAGUUGAAGUCAGUUCCAGUUAAGUUGCAGUAAUUCUAAAUUGUGCCUUCCUUGUUGCAACAGGAUCUUUGGAUUAGAGAGGAGGUUUUCUAUAUUUUUGGCACAUAAAAUUGCAACACUAGUCUUUUUUACCUUUUUGCAUUUAAAACAAACACUGGUCUUGCUAUGGUUUUACAUUUUUACUAUGUACAAUGUAUGGAGUGUACUAUUAGAUAUAUAUUUUGCAGAAUGGCAACACAUCUUUGGUGAGGAUGUUAGCGAGAUAUGUUUUAUCUUUAUAGAAGAAAAAAAAUCACUUUUGAAAGCUACUGCAUAAAGCAUGUAUCCUGAAAGCUCCCAAAGGCAAAUAAACUGCUGAUCCAGAAUAUUUACAUAGCUAUUGUAUGCUUACAAAGUAUAAUAACUGACACUUUUUGAAAUUCUGCAUGUUCCACAACCAAGGCUACAAUCUGCUCAAUAAAAACUGUUUUAAUAGAU